AUGGCACAGCCUAACUCUGAUUCUCAAGCAGAAUUACUCAAAAAGCUUCACCGACAAAGAGGUGGAAUAAAAAAGAUGAUUACUGAGCUUAUGAAAAAGAUAAAGAUUAUACAAGAAAAUUUAACUACAAGUGAUGUAGAUGAACUACAAGUAACACUUGAAAUCGUCACAGCACGCUAUAGUUUAUUUGGAGAUAUACAAGAUCAACUAGAAGAACUUGAUGAAGAGAAAGAAGCCCCCGAAAGGGAGCCAAUCGAGAAAAAUUAUUCUACUGUUGUUGCUCAAACACGGAAAAUAAUCCGCAAACUUCAAGGCAAUAUGAAUAAUGCAAGUGAUACAAAUAGUGAAAGUGGUAGUUAUCGUGCAAAUAAUAAUUUUUAUCCGACAAAUAUACCAAUACCGUCAAUACAAAUACCAAAAUUUGAUGGUACACCAGAGAAAUGGGCAGCAUUUUUUAGUGUUUUUAAAAAUACAAUUGACGUCAAUCAAUCUCUGCCAAAGGCACUCAAACUUUAUCAUUUAACAAGUGUCCUUACUGACAAGGCUUGGUCACUUAUUGGUCAUCUAGAAAUAAAUGAUGCCAAUUAUGACCAUGCAUUAUCUAUUUUAGUAGAUAAAUACGAGCAUACUCGUCGAUUGGCUCGCCGACAUUGUUCAAUAUUAAAAGAUUAUCCUCAUCUUAAAAAGGAUACUCCAGCAGCAAUCGGUGAGUUAGUUGACACUUUUAGACAACACUUAGGAGCUCUAAAAAAUCUAAAGUUUAUGAUUCAUGCUUGGGAUCUUCCUUUGACAGAUCUCAUUCUGUCUAAAUUAAAUAAUAAUACAAUUUGUCAUUGGGAAAUGACUAUAAACUCACGUGAAGUACCAAAGUACACUGAGUUAUUAAAUUAUUUAGAACAACGUUCUAUUUGCUCAGUUUUUUCUACACAAGAAGAAAAAUCAAAUGAUACAAAGAGUGAAAAAACCCAAGUUAAAAAGGGUGGAAUAUCAUUGACAACAACUACUACACGUGUCUGUCCAAUAUGUUCUGAGACACAUUCUAUAUAUAGUUGUGAGAUAUUCAAAGGUUUUACACAAGAAGAAAGGUAUAAGGCUGCAGUCAAGGCCUCAUUAUGCUUGAAUUGCCUGAAAAAGGGACACGGGGUCAAAGACUGCAAUUCAAUGGGGUGUCGUACCUGCGACAGAAGACACCAUACAUUCUUGCAUCGGCCAACGACCACUGAGUCCGACCAGGCCAACACAUCAGCUGUUCCAGCAACCGAUGAAAAUGAAGAAAUAUGA